ACCAAAACUCCAAAAUGAGUGGACGAGGAAAAGGAGGCAAGGGACUCGGCAAAGGAGGCGCUAAGGGGCACCGCAAAGUGCUCCGUGAUAACAUCCAGGGCAUCACCAAGCCCGCCAUCCGCCGUCUGGCUCGCCGCGGCGGAGUGAAGCGUAUCUCCGGUCUGAUCUACGAGGAGACCCGCGGUGUGCUGAAGGUGUUCCUGGAGAACGUGAUCCGUGAUGCCGUCACCUACACCGAGCACGCCAAGAGGAAGACGGUGACCGCCAUGGAUGUGGUGUACGCUCUGAAGAGGCAGGGCCGCACCCUGUACGGCUUCGGGGGAUAAGCAGCUGCUGACCCACCGACCAAAGGCUCUUUUAAGAGCCACCCACAUUACAUGGAGACUUUCCUUUGCUAGGAAAGGAAAGGAAGAUGGAAGCAGAUUUCCA